UGGUGACUGGCUAGAGUGUUACUGACAUCAUAACAUACAGCUGUUGACUUUCUAUUGUCUCUGAGUCCUCGGCAAGUGCUUUAGUCUACUCCCGCAGCACUCUCCCAAUGCCUGACUAAUCAGCCGGCUGUGUGUGUGGUGAGCUCUGUAGAGGAGCAAUGCAGAGCAUCAGUUUACAGAUACUAUGGAAGGUACAUCUUCAUUCACUCUGUAUGAUGAAGCAAAUACCAAUACGAUGAAGGCCACUGAAAGGAAUGAUAUAUUUGAUCCAAGACAGUCCAUUUCAGUCCAGGAAUCUACAGUGGUGACAAGGACAUGGGACUCCUCCUGCCAGAUUCCAAAUUGGUCAAGACAAUUGACAUCCUGGUUGACAACUGUGAGAAAGAACCUUGGAUUAUUUUAUUUUAUUUUUGUGGGACACCACAAUCCCAAAUCCAUAGAACACAUCAGGCUUCAAGUUCCCUGUAGAAUUCUAAAAUAACCUUUGCUAAUGAGGAUGUCUGAUACUGUUACUGUAAAAAAUGAUACUGAAACAAUGAAGGAUUUGGAGGCAGAAGUGAAAGAUACAACCGGAGUUGAAAAUCUUAUCAAAUCUGAAAACUAUGGGAAGAUUUUGGCAGAGAAGAAUGAACGUUGCAUUGACAACAAUAUUGAUUUGCAGCGGCCACUGCAGUCAUUUGGACAGACAGGAAAAAGGUCUAAGUCAAGCUCAAAGUUAAAGCUAGUUCGGAGCCUUGCAGUGUGUGAAGAAUCUCCACCACCCCCUACAGCAGAGAUAUCACAGGAGAACCAGGAGAAAAUUCAGAUCCAGUUAACACAAUCAUUUGAAAAAGAGGAGAAGCCCUCAAAAGAUGAAGCAGAAAAAGAAAAAGCCAGUGAUAAGUUGCCCAGAAAAAUGUUAUCAAGAGAUUCCAGUCAAGAAUACACUGAUUCAACUGGCAUAGAUCUACAUGAAUUUUUAGUAAAUACAUUAAAAAACAAUCCCAGGGACAGAAUGAUGCUGUUGAAAUUGGAACAAGAAAUUUUAGAUUUCAUUGGUAAUAAUGAGUCUCCACGUAAAAAAUUCCCCCCAAUGACAUCUUACCAUAGGAUGCUAUUACACAGAGUCGCUGCUUACUUUGGAUUAGACCACAAUGUUGAUCAGAGUGGGAAGUCUGUCAUAGUAAACAAAACUAGCAAUACAAGAAUACCUGAUCAGAAAUUUAAUGAACAUAUUAAGGAUGAUAAAGGUGAAGACUUUCAGAAACGAUAUAUCCUCAAGAGAGAUAACUCUAGCUUUGACAAAGAUGAUAACCAGAUGAGAAUACGUUUGAAAGAUGACAGAAGAAGCAAAUCUAUAGAAGAAAGAGAAGAAGAGUACCAGAGAGCUAGAGACCGAAUAUUUUCCCAAGAUUCCCUGUGUUCCCAAGAGAAUUAUAUUAUUGACAAAAGAAUCCAAGAUGAGGAUGCUAGUAGCACCCAGCAGAGGCGCCAGAUAUUUAGAGUUAAUAAAGAUUCUUCAGGGAGAUCAACAAAUAGCCAUCAGAGCAGCACUGAGAACGAGUUGAAGUACUCUGAACCACGACCCUGGAGCAGCACGGAUUCAGACAGCUCUCUCCGAAACUUCAAGCCCGCUGUAACCAAAGCCAGCAGCUUCAGUGGAAUUUCAGUUCUGACAAGAGGUGAUAGUUCUGGAAGCAGCAAAAGCAUAGGCAGGCUUUCAAAAACAGGUUCUGAGUCUUCUGGUAGUGUAGGGUCAUCUACGGGCUCUCUCUCUCACAUCCAGCAGCCUCUUCCAGGUACAGCUCUCAGCCAGUCUUCUCAUGGCGCACCUGUCGUCUAUCCAACUGUCAGCACUCAUAGUUCUCUUUCCUUUGAUGGUGGCCUAAAUGGGCAAGUCGCAUCUCCUAGCACUAGCUUCUUUUUGCUUCCCUUGGAAGCGACAGGCAUACCACCUGGCAGUAUUCUGAUCAACUCACAAACAGGUCAGCCCUUCCUAAACCCAGAUGGGAGUCCAGUUGUGUGUAGCCCUCCUGUGACUCAGCAGCCAGUUAGAGCCCAAGUGCCUGGACCUCCACAGCCGCCUCUGCCAGCACUGCCACCUCAGCAGCAAGCAGCCCAUCACAUCUUCUCACAGCCUAUUCGUCCUCUGCAGCCCUCUUCACAGCCUGUUCAGUACUCUACAGCCCCUUACCCAUCCCCGUUCCUGCCAGUCUCACCCACCCAGCAAUACUCCGUGCAGGACAACCUUGGGUCUCAGUUUAGCCACAUGAGUCUUGCCCGCCAGCCAUCUGCAGAUGGUUCUGAUCCUCACGCCACCAUGUUCCAGUCCACUGUUGUUCUUCAGUCCCCACAGCAGUCUGGUUAUAUCAUGACAGCAGCCCCUCCACCACCGCCGCCACCGCCUCCUCCUCCGCUACCACCUGGGCAGCCAGUCCCUACUGCUGGCUAUUCUGCCUCUGGUCAUCCUGUCAGCCAGCCUGUGCUCCAGCAGCAAGGAUAUAUUCAACAGCCCUCUCCACAGAUGCCAGCCUGUUAUUGUGCUCCAGGCCACUACCACUCCAGUCAACCUCAGUAUCGCCCAGUCCCUUCUGUCCAUUACAGUUCACAUCUAAACCAACCACUGCCACAGCCUGCACAGCAGGCAGGUUAUCAAGUUAUGCCCAACCAGCAGCAAAACUACCAGGGGAUAGUUGGAGUUCAGCAACCCCAGAGUCAGAGCCUAGUUGGUGGCCAGCCGAACAGCAUUGGAAAUCAGAUUCAAGGAGUGGUCAUCCCCUAUCCUUCAGUGCCAUCAUAUCAGGUUUCACUGCCUCAAGGUUCUCAAGGAAUUGCCCAUCAGACUUAUCAACAGCCUGUUAUGUUCCCUAAUCAGUCUAAUCAAGGAUCUAUGCCUACAGCAGGAAUGCCAGUUUACUAUAGCAUCAUUCCACCUGGCCAACAAAAUAAUUUAAGCUCCUCAGUGGGUUACUUGCAACCUCCAGGAUCAGAACAAGUCCAGUUGCCUCGAACUACUUCACCAUGCAAUUCCCAGCAGCUUCAAGGCCACCAGUGUGCAGCUGUGCCACCUCCACCAGCUGGUGGCGGAAUGGUGAUGAUGCAGCUCAGUGUACCAAACAAUCCACAGUCUCGUGCCCAUUCACCCCCACUGUGGAAGCAAAACAAAUACUACUGUGAUCACCAGAGAGGACAGAAGUGUGUGGAAUUUAGCAGUAUAGACAAUAUUGUUCAGCACAGUCCUCAACUCAGUAGUCCCAUUAUUUCACCAGCUCAGUCGCCAGCACCAGCUCAGCUGUCUACCCUGAAAACUGUCCGUCCCUCUGGACCGCCACUUUCCAUCAUACCCCAGUUUUCUAGACCCUUUGUCCCUGGGCAAGGAGAUGCCAGAUACCCGUUACUUGGCCAGCCCCUGCAGUACAACCCUCCUGCUGUUCUGCACGGACACAUACCAGCCCAACAGGGUCAGUCUGGCAGCAGGCAUGGAAACCGAGGAAGGAAACAAGCUAAAAAAGCUGCAUCCACCGACCUUGGUGCAGGAGAAGCAGUUGUUGGGAAGGUCUUGGAAAUUACUGAACUACCAGAUGGAAUAACUCGCAUGGAAGCCGAGAAGCUUUUUGGGGAACUCUUUAAAAUUGGCGCCAAGAUCCGGUGGCUCCGGGACCCCCAGUCCCAGCCCCAGCUGCGUCGUCACCCCCUCUGCUGUGGCAGCGGGGACAGCACUGUCAACCCCGAACGCUCUAAACCCAGUGACUUGGCCUCCACGUACACUGUCUUAGCCACAUUCCCCUCCAUCUCCGCCGCGCAGAAUGCUCUGAAGAAACAGAUUAACUCGGUUAACAAGUUUAAGCUGAGAACGAGCAAGAAGCACUAUGACUUUCACAUUUUGGAAAGGGCAAGUUCUCAGUAACAGCCACCUUGGACCCAUGGCCUUUGUGAUUCCCCCGUCCUCUCCCAUCUUUAACUGGCUUGGUAUUUGGAGCUUCUGUUAACAUGAUAGAGACUCCUAGGAUGUGUGGUCGUGGCGUUAACAACUUCUGAAGACAGGCCAGUGAUCCAGCCAAGGGGGGAAAGUUCACCCCAAAUGACUGUAGGAAUCCACAUCGGAAUGAUACAGAGUUAGCAGCUUUUUCUGAGGAAAUGCUGUUCAACUGCCUCCUAACUUUUAUAGUUAUUUUGUUUUAUAUUUCUGAAUUCUUGUAUCAGAUCCAAAGCUCUAUUGUACAGCAAAUUAUUCUUCAGAAUGAUUACAAACAGUUGCAACCUGUAUUUCUUUUUUUGCAGCCAGCACAGUGUGACCCAACAUAGAAUUUGGGGGAAAAAGAAUGCAGGAGUGUAAUAACCCAGUCACAACCAUGCACUGUCUUUGGGGGGCUGGAGGGUGACUAAGGAGAGCCCACAAAUAGAAAAUUACUCUUCCCCUGUAUCUCUAAACACAGAAACAAUUUCCAGAAAAUAUAGAACUCCCUCGUAGGGUCUUUUCCUUAUUCACUUAGGUCGUAUGAAUAUUAAGGGUAAAUUAAAUUAUGUUCUUAAUGCCUCUUAAUCAAACCACUUAGGUUCAAAGGGGAAUAGGAAUCAUUCUAGGCAGGAAAAUACUUCCACUUUUUUUUUUUUACAUCUCCCUCCAAUAAUUAAAUGCCACUUAUUUUCAUUCCCUUCCUUGUGGAUUUUUUUUGUCACCUGAGGAAAUGCAUUUGAUGAAUGCUGGAAACUUCUUCAAGUGGUUUAGAAUGUGUUUUCAUUGUUUGCAGCGGAUCACUGGACAUCAAAGAUUCAUUGCACUUAUGAACAAGGAACCUUUUUUUCAAUUCGCAAGGCUGUACAAUGUGUGCUGAUGCAAGCCUUUUUCAGUUCAAGAGAAUAAAUGUUUACAAAUGUAUACCCACUUUGUCUUUUGUAAAUUAAAAUCAUGUUUUUCAAUGAGAGUCAGUGUUGAAGACUUAACCUGUCUUGAAGAUUUCAAUUUCAGACUUAAGGAAGAUGAAAGACAGUAAACUGCCUCGUUUUACAAAUAUUCUACAAAGCAUCACUUUCUCUGUCGGAGUGUUUCUUGUGGGUAUGACUCAUGUCAUUUCGUUCUCUCAUAAGUUAAUUCCAGUCAAUUGUAGACAAUUUUGAGUAUGAACAAACUUAUAGUCAGAAAAUAGAACAUGAAAAUAGGAACAAAUAGAACAUUUCAUCUACAAUGAAAAUAGAACAUUAUGUUCGGUUCGGUAAAGAAUUUGUGUUUUUAGCUGGUAUUUUGAGCACCCAGUUGUCCCGUUUAACUCAAAUACUUUAUAGAAAGCUUUCACCAUUUGUUAGCCCAGCAAAGUCAAACCGCUGAGAAACCCAGAGUAGGGGUCGGAGGCAGGGCAGUCAGCCAUCAGCCUGACUGGCUUCCAGCCCAGGCUAGGGGUUUACUUUGCAACUCAAGAGCAGUAGGUGCGAACCAGGCUCUGGUGCAGAUGUUCACUCCUUCUAGAGCAUUUGCAAAGCCCUACUUCGUCCCGGGGAAUCCCGGACUUCCCCACAGGCUGGUGCAUUCCAAUUAUGAAUGUUGUGCUCCUGGGAGAAGUGGGAGCUGCCUUUAAACCAUGUCAGAUUAAGGAGCCAUACACAGAGAAAGAAGAAUGAGGACUGUGAGAAUCGCUCACUUUCGAGGACUGGUGAAUUUAAUUUUUGACUGUAGAGAGUCAGAGAUGGAGAGGACAUGUAAUUAGGGCCAACAUUGCAGCAAGAAUUAUUAUUUAAUCAUGGGGGUGGAAACAAAACUACAAUCCUAUGGUCUAUUUCAAUUCUCUGAAUAUUUUCUUUAACUUUUGCAGUAGUAAGCCUGGUAAACCUAUGUAAGGUUUUUUUUUUUUUGGACUUUUUAAAGAUCUAUUAGCAACUUUCAAAUGUACAACACAGUAUUAAUGACGAGUCAUCGUGCUGUACGUUACACCUAAAGUUUUGUUCUAGACCCUUGGUUUACCCUGGAGGAGCUGAAGACUGUCCAGAGGAAAGCGGAGCAAGGCUACUCCACCCCUGUCCCCUGACAGUCACAUGGGAAUACUGUUGACAUCACCCCACCACCACACACGUUACAAAACUAUGCACGCAUUCCCUACACUAUAUUCUCCUGUUUUGAUCUAAAAUCUGAUUUCACCUAUAGAAAAAUGAUGGGAGGAAGAAGCACACACAGGAGGCAUUUAAAGGUGUGAUAUGGCCCAUACCCUAAAGCUUCCUACAGGCAGCUUCAGAUGUCCCACAGUCCUGGCUGUGGGUUUUCCCAGAGCACUGACCAUAUUUAGGGGAAGGUAGUACUUCUAUCAGUAAGAUGAGUUAUUCUUACCCGUGCCAAUAUUAGCAGCUCCAGCAGCCCCUUGGGGGAUGAUAGAGGGUAUUUAAUAACUUUGUGGGCAUUUCUGCUACCUUAUGUAUUAGAAAACUGAGAAUAUGGCUUACGGGUUUUUGUUGGUUUUUUUUUGGCUGUGCUGGGUCUUCGUUGCUGUGUAUGGGCUUUCUCUAGUUGCGGCGAACGGGGUCUACUCUUUGUUGCAGUGCUCGGGCUUCUCAUUGCGGUGGCUUCUCUUGUGGAGCACAGGCUCUGGGUGCACAGGCUUCAGUAGGUGCAGCACGUGGGCUCAGUAGCUGUGGCUCACGGGCUCUAGAGUGCGGACUGCGUAGUUGUGGUGCACAGGCUUAGUUGCUCUGCAGCAUGUGGGACCUUCCCAGCCCAGGGCUCGAACCGGCGAAGUCCUGGCUUACGGGUUUUUAAGCCUUUGGUCCACAAAGAACAUGGAUAUAUUGGGUAUGUUUUUGUGAAUCUGGAGUACAAAGUGUGUUUGCCAACAGUAAUUUAAAAGAAUUAGCUUGUCAUCUGAGCUGACAACAAAGUAGGGAUCUGAACCCUCCCCCAAGCUAAGAAAUUGGUUUUUUUUUUUUUUAUUCCACCAGGGAGGGACCUGUGACCUGUGAAUAGUGUGGAAACCUACAGGUCUCAAUAGAGCCCACAGUACCAGAGUGGCUUGGGAAGGGUCAAGCCAGCACAUCCACAGCUACCUCGGGAAGCAGAGAGAGUUGGGUUCUCCACAUCAGCAGCAGCAGAAAGAAUGCAAGUGUAAGACCAGCAGAGGCCAGCCACAGGGCCUGUGUGAAGGCGGCUAGAUCCCCACAUUCCCAGUCUCCUGCCUGCCCAGCAGAUAAUAACAUGUGGUAUGUAUUGUCUUUAAAGGCAAUGAGCACAGAUUCUAUCUUCUAUUGGUGACCAGUGUUGCGCUAGCGUGAAGGUGGCAGGGUUCAAAGCUGGCCCUGUGUUGCUUGGAAUUCUCACAGCCUUUAUGAGCUGAUGCUAAAAGAGAACCAGAGACUUAGGUGCACUCAUUCAGCUUAUAGUCCUUAACAGCCUGAGAAACAGGCAGACACAGCAGCCCUUCUUAAUCUACCCCCAUGGCCACAUGUGCUCCAGCUGCAUUUUGCAUAUGUGUAAGUCAUUUUCCCCUUGGCCACAUGUGCUCCGGCUGCAUUUUGCAUAUGUGUAAAGUCAUUUUCCCCUUUAGUGUCUACACUUGGAUUCAUGUUGGUUUGAUUUCACCAGCAUAAAAGUAUUGGAGGAGUGUAAGGAAAAGCCUGUAGGACCUAAUCAGAAAACUGAAGAUGUUGGUUCUUUGCAGGGGGAAGCAUUGAAAUAGAUAAAUCAUCAGCUACAUUAGCCCCCCCCAAAAACAAACAAACAAACAAACAAAAAACACAGCAUUGUUUCAGUUCUCUCUUGCUGCUUAACAAAUCACCCAAAUUUAGUGGUUUAAAGGACCAAUCCUAUGGGUCAGGCUCAACGAGGACAGCUUGGCCCUUCUCCACCUGCUAUCAGCUGAGCUAGGCUGGAAGUUCCAAAGUGGACUCACAUGUCUGGGCUCCAUGCCUCAGUUCUCCAUGUGGACGCUCUCUUCUCGAGGUAUCUCAUCCUCCAAGGCAUCUCUGUCCACAUAGCUUUCUCCAGCGUCAUGGCCUGGACUUUAUAAAUAAGUCACCAUGCUGUACAUUGACUCCCCAGAACUUACUCACCUUACAACUGGAAGUUUGUACCCUGUGACCUCCUUCCCCCAUUCCUCCCAGCCCCAUUCCUGGCAACCACCAAUCUAUUCUCCGUUUCUAUAAAUUCAGGGUUUUUUUAGAUUCUACAUGUAAGUGAGAUCAGACAGUAUUUGUCUUUCUCUGACCUACUUCACUUAGCAUAACUUCCUUAAGGUUCAUUCAUGUUGUUGCAGACGGCAGGAUUUCUUUCUUUUUCUGUGACAGAAUAAUUAAAGGCCUCUUAAAACCUGGUCUUGUAAGCAGACAGGGUAGGGGGUCCCUGGAGAAAGACAAGCAGCAUGGCUUUCUUGACAUAAGAGAAGCCAUUUUGGCCUAAGCCAUUUUUGAUGUAAACCUGGCCACAAUGCUUGCCCUUGAACAGGUCUCAGUAAUAACGAUCUUAAGGAAACAAAAGAACAAACUGUUAACAGGCAAGAGAAGCGACAAUAGCAAAGAUAAUAAAUCAGUAAAGACUUCCAGUUCUAUUUCAAUGGUAAAGAUAGCCUGAGCACUUUAUUGAGCUGUCUUGCAGAAUUUCAACCCCCCUGUCCAGCACUCAACCACUAGAUCAACUGGAACCUAAGAGAUGAUGCAUAAACAAAGGAAAAGCAGUCAAGAAACAAUAGUUCAGGGGCUUCCCUGGUGGCGCAGUGGAUGAGAAUCCACCUGCCAGUGCAAGGGACACAGGUUCGAUCCCUGGUCCAGGAAGAUCCCACAUCCCACGGAGCAACUAAGCCCGUGCACCACAACUACCGAGCCUGCACUCUACAGCCCACGAGCCACAGCUCCUGAGCCCGCGAGCCACAACUACUGAAGCCCGCACGCCUAGAGCCCGUGCUCCGCAACAAGAGAAGCCACAGCAAGGAGAAGCCCGCGCACCGCAACGAAGAGUAGCCCCCGCCUCACCACAGCUAGAGAAAGCCCGCUCGUGUCUGCUCGCAGCAAGAAAGACCCAACGUAGCCAAAAAUAAAAUUAAAUCUUUAAAAAAAAAAAAAGGGAAAAAGAAAGAAUAGUUCAGUGAUAAAACAGAGUCCUAUUUCCUCUUCAAGGGAUGUACCUAGCAAUCUGAAACAUAUCUUUGAGUUCUGCAGGAAGUAAGGCUCCCACCCAGGUGGCGGAUGGAAUGAUGAUGUUGACCUUUCCUGACCUUCAUGACUUCAGUCAACCUUUGCCCCAGUUCUGUCUGUGCUGAAUUCUUCUCUGCACAAGCCUUUCACGAAUAUGUAUGUACCCUUAGCUUAAAACGUACCCAAUUUUACUGUUUGGGGAGACACUGCUUUGGGAAAGAUCCCUGGUGUUCUCUUUAUUUGCUGCAAUAAUAAAUCCUUCCUUCUCCCA